AUGUCCAAAAAGAAUACGAGAACAACUUGUGGGUCUUCUACAAUUGCAGGUGUUUGUUUGUUAGUAUGUUUUCUCAUUGAAAAAGUCCGCGGUGAUAUGGGCAAUGAUAUGGGCAUGGAUGAUACUUCUGAGUAUACUAGCCCAGAUAUAGUAGACGCCGGGUCCAAAACUUUUCACUGGCUAUGCACGCUAGGGUUUCUGCUGCUUCUGCCAUCUGUGAUUACUUGUCUUUCAUUCGCUGGCAAAAUAUAUAUUGCUACUUCCCUGCAAUGUAUUUGUGCCGUCUACGCCUUUUUAGAGGCUGCUGUCCUUAGAUUCCACGAUAAUGACGGGGUAGAAAAUAGAACUUCAAGGGGGACUGCGUGGUUUUUGGCAGGACUGACUUGGAUCGCUCUAUUCUCUGGUGGACUUGCCGGAGGGACCAGCUUCUUGGUGAGAAGCAAGAAGUUGCAAACUUUCAUCUCAAAUACAGGCGAGACAAGGUUAUCGUAUAUCCAUCGUGGUUUAUCCUUUUUGACUGUCAUCACAGGCUGGGUUAAGGUAUGUUUGGCACCAGUCGCUUUGUUUGGGUUCUGUAGAGAGGCGCACACGGGGCAGUGUAUUGCUCACGGUAUCAUGGGGUCUGCGUUUGUAUUAUACGGGUUCAUUUAUGUGCUUGUAUUGACCAUUCCGUGGAUUCGUAACGCUCAGGCUUCAUAUUCACAAGACUAUAUUGACAGUUGGGUAAUGUGCGCAUGGGGUAUUGUUAACACCUUCACCGAACAUAGAUGGGGACGCGAAGCAUGGAGUGUCCAUGAUUACCAGCAUACAUUUAUGGGAAUUAUCUGGUGGGCUGGCGGUAUACUUGGAAUUUUUCUUUCUAGAAAGGGUAGAAGAACAUUCGUACCUAGUUUAAUCAUUAUCUUCACUGGAUGGGCAAUGUCUCAGCAUGCUCAGCACUUGAUAAUUAGUACAAAAGUCCAUAAUAUGUUUGGCCUGCUUUUAAUGUGUGGAGGUGCUCUGAGGAUAAUAGAAAUAUCCUUCCUCUUAAAAGAUAAGAGAACACUGGGAAACGUACAUUCGUUUCAAUAUCUUGCUCCCCUUUGUCUAGUAUGUUCAGGUCUUUUAUUUAUGGGCGCGAAUGAAGAACAAUUGAUUUUGGUAUUAAGACUUGGUGGAGAUCAUAGUGCCUAUGUUUUAUUAAUUCUAUCAGGUGCAUUUUUAGUCUAUUUUUGGAUGAUUACAUGCCUGGAGUUCUACCUAUAUCUGGUCGAAAAAGGACACCAAGGCUUCCUUCCAAAAUCCUACGAGCUUCAAGAGGAAAACAAUCGGGUUAGCUUCGAGUUAGAUAAUAUUUCAGACAACGAAGAUGCUGGCUCUUUCAAUGUCUGA